AUGCCCAGAUUGAAGAAACGCAACAUCAGCAACCUCGGAUCUCAUGCUGCUAAGCGCAAGAAACCAGAUCAUUCGGACAGCGAUUGCGAUGAACCGUCGCAAAAAUGUGCCACCCAAGACUCGCUAUCCCAACAACCUGGAGAAGGGGAGAGUGAAGGAGAGGCUGAGGAGGAAUCUGAGGAGGACGACUCAGACCUUGAGAUUGUCGAAGAAGACGAUGUUCCGCACCUACAGAGCCAUGCUGACUUGGUCAAGUGGCUCAAGUUGACGGACAAAGCUUUGGAUCGAGUUCCUGCACAGAACAAGGCUUCUCAGCGAGGGAACUACUCAAGCACCAGAGUUGGGAAGGACAUGUCGGUCCGAAGACAGCAAGAACUGCAUAAGAAAGCCCGAGAACAAGAAGCCCGAGAACGGGCUGAAGAUCGUCGACUGGGAUUGAAGAGCACGAAUCUCCUGGAUUUCUUCCAAAAACACGCACGGUCUCCCUCACCAGGAGAGAUAUCAAUGGUCUCCGUGGACUCAGAUUGUGCAGAUUGGAAGGCCACACUGGAGGAGCCCAGUGGCCAGGCCAGUGCCGGGCCGGCCAGUGGAGGCAUCGGAGGCGAGGACCAAUGCCCGACUGGGAAGAGGGGUGGUACGGAUGAGCGCAAGGCAUCUGGUACGAGCCUGUACGGCAGUAGACCACAUCCGCGGGAAGAAGGCCGAAGUAGAGGGGGAGGAACCGCUUGCGGGGAUUCGAGGGAGAUGGCCAGGGGAAGAAGGGAGAGGGCGGAUGUCGGCAUGGAUGGAGGCACGGGUCGGCAGAGAGGGCGCAGCGGGUCACGUGCAUGGUCACGUGCCCAAGGAGCGCAGCGUCCCCUGACAGCAGACUCACCAAUGGAGCAGUGGCAUGAACCUCCCUCAGUCCUGGACUCCGAAGCAGAUGGCGCUGAAUCCAAAGCAGAUGGCGCUGAAUCCAAAGCAGAUGGUGCGGACUCCGAAGCAGAUGGCGAUGUAUUGGACACCGUUAGCGAGGAUUCGGACCCAGUUCCCAUGCACGAGGGUGAGGAAGACGUUUUCGGGUGCACCAUCACUGCACAACCUGCAAUUCUCAGUAACGACGAGUUGGCUGAGGAGGGUCUCGAGGACUUGCCUUGGGAUCCAGUGGAGGAAAGACUACCCGAGGGAGGUGAAUUCAAAUUGCCACUGCGGGAAUUCGUGCUCCCAGAGCGCACCGCAAAGAAGGUUCCGCGGCCAAUCCCUUCAAACGAUGCUGUCGAUCGGGCCAUCCCCGAGAUGCAAGAAUUGGUUCGUCCUCGACGUGCCAAGGGCCCUGGCCACACAAAAUUGAAGCUUGAUCUUGUGACCCACACUCGACUCGAGUGUGUUCUCCGAUUCCUUCGACUUUAUCGCACGUCCGGGUAUGCUGCCUGGAGUCUGCACUCCGAAACCAUUGCCACAACGGCUGGCAAACGGGGAAGGAAGACCUGGCUUGCUCGAAAGCUGCGUGAAUGGGCCAUCGACUUUUGUGAGAAUGAGAAGGUUCGGAAGCUUCCAACACACCUUUUGGGGCAGCAUAACUCUCGUGUUCUUACCGACGAGGACGUUGCUGGCAGUAUCCAUCAGCAUUUGCAAUCACUCGGCAAGUGGGUGUCAGCGAAAGACAUUGCUCGAUAUGUGGCCACACCCGAGUUCCAAGCGCGACUGCAAAUCAAGCGGAAUAUCAGCGUCCGGACCGCGCAACGGUGGAUGAAAAAAAUGGGUUACCGUUGGAGGAAGGAACCCUCUGGCAUGUAUUCGGACGGCCAUGAACGCGAGGACAUCGUCCAUUAUUGGCAAAAUGUCUUCUUGCCUCGAUGGAGGCAUCUUCACUCGCGCGCCCGAUGGUGGAUUGAAACACACAGUCAAAAGACAAUUGAUGUGGAUGCCAAACUGCAUGCAUACCUUAGCGACUCUGAGGACGCGAGGGUGGUGGUGAUUUGGUGCCAUGACGAGUCAAUCUUCUACGGCAACGAUCAGAGGCAGAUUCGGUGGGUUGGGAACUUGGAAACACCCACAAUCAAGGCUAAGGGAGAGGGGAAAAGCAUAAUGGUUGGUGACUAUGUCUGUCCUGACCGCGGCUGGAUGCGGGCAAAGACACCAAACGCAGAUGGAUCAUUUGACAGCGCCAGAGUGGUUCUCCGUCCCGGCAAGAAUAGAGAUGGAUACCAGACCAUUGAAUUGAUUCUCGCUCAAGCAACGAAGGCGAUGAAUGUGCUUGACAAAGACUAUCGGGACGAACAUCACGUCUUCGCAUAUGAUAAUGCCCGUGUUCACACCGCCCGUGCCCCGGAUGGACUUUCAGCGCUGCACAUGACUGUUGGGCCGUCAAAAAACUUCAACAAAACCAAGGUCAACGGCGUACAGACACAGGUUCGGAUGCGAGAUGCGCGUUUCAAAAUGGGACACGCACAGUGUCUUUAUCUGCCUGAUGGAUCCUUCAAAGGAAUGAAGCAGCUGAUUAUUGAACGUCGUGCCAUGGGACAUGAUCUCCCUGAUCCGGAUGCACGCCUUGCUAACGGCCGGAAAAUGAGGGGCGAAUGUCUGAGCUUCGGCUGUCGAAACACGCCCUCCAUCAACUGUUGCAUGAAGAAAGUCUUGUAUUGCGAGCCUGAUUUCAAGGCACAGAUGGGAAUGCUUGAAGAGCAUUGCAUGAAACGUGGCUAUGAAGUCAUAUUCUUCCCCAAAUAUCACCCGGAGCUCAAUUUCAUUGAGCAAUGCUGGGGUUAUGCAAAACGCAUCUAUCGAAUGUAUCCUCGGACAACUAACGAGGAUGAUUUAGAGGCUAAUGUCAUCAGUGCGCUUGAAUCAGUUCCCAUUGAUUCAAUGCGACGCUUCGCAACAAGAUCUUUACGUUUCGCAGAUGGCUAUCACCAUGGGUUGAAUGGCGCAGAGGCAGCAUGGGCCAAUAAAAAGUAUAGAGGCCAUCAGACUCUUCCUCCCCAGUACUUAGAGGACUUAGAAAAGCGAAAAUUGUCGAAUUAG